GUGUUUGGUUUCGGUCAUUCUUUCUUCUGUUUCACGUACCAGGAGGAGAGUGAGAUUCCAAGCUAAAUUCACAUUGAAUCUGACAAAAGAAAACAUUCACAUGGGGGAAAUUAAGCAACGGGUGGUGAGAAAGGAGUCGUAUUUCAAACGUUGACGAAAAAAAUAAUAGUAUAAAACAUGAGCAUGAAGAGUUUGACUUCAAUGACCCAUAAAAGGAUUUUUUAAAGAGUGAAUAAUUUCAUUCGUAUUCCUCUUUCUCCAACCUUACGCCAUUGUGCAGUCUGAUCAAUCAGACGGCUGGUUCGGGAUUGGAACCAAAAUUAUGUACCCGAAAGUGAAAGUUAACAACGAAACAGGUAAUUACAAGCAGAAGGAUUCUCGUUUGCAUUCGAGAUAUCUCGAAUCUCGUGCCUCUGAGAAUAAUCAAGAAGAAGAUUUCCAAGUAUAUGUGGCUAAGAUUCCUAAGAUUUACAUACCAAGUGUCCUCCUUUCUGAAAAUGAAUCCACAGAAAUGACAAAGCAUAACAGAGGAGCUGAUGCUGAAGUAAAACAAAAACCGAAAGCCAGUCCCAUCCUACGCCCUCGAGCUGUUGUAUCAAGUCCCGACAAUGAUGCAAUGAUCGGCAGCAUAAACAAGAGCGAAGAAAGGAAAGCUAAGAAGGGUUUGAAGAGUGAUGAUCAGAUCAGGAGCAGAGCUUCUUCUCAGCGUAAGAAUAUUGAUACCAAUGUGAAGAUUUCCUCUCGUAUAGUCCCUAAGCAAUCGGCAGUCCAUUCUAGAGGUUACAAAUGAUUUAACUUGUUUAUUGAUGAUUUUAAGAUUCAUUCAUGGUUCCAUGAUUCUAUCAAUAAGGCCUCACGAAACCAAACUCUAUAUACAUCAAUAAGGGUGAUGAAUAGUAAACCAGCCUUUGUGGAAAAA